CGUCCUGCCCCGCUGGGAGCUGCGUUUUCCAGGCUCAGGCGUGCACCCUGCCUCCUGCCCUGGUGGGUUGGUUGGUCGGUGGCUGCAGUCCCAGGAGGACCCCACGGAGGGGAGGCCCCAGCAGACCAGGACAGGCACAGGUGGCAGCCAGGGUCUGAACGAGGGGACCCACAGGCAGGAAAGGGCAGUGGACACAGAUGUGGCCUGCUCGGACCCUCCCGUGUGACAGCUUAUUAGCAUCUCCGGUUAGGGGAGAACCAAGAGGGGCACAGCUGAGUGCAGCCUUGGCCAGGUGGGGUGUGCAGGCCGUGAGCUAAGUGGAUCUACGAGGAAGCUGAACCCCCCAGGCCUGGCAAUGGCGGGAAACUGCUCCUGGGAGACCCAAACCACCGGCAGGAACAAGGUGUGUCCCGGCAUGAGCGAGGCCCCGGAACUCUACAGCCGUGGCUUCCUGACCAUCGAGCAGAUAGCAGCGCUGCCGCCCCCGGCUGUCAUGAACUACAUCUUCCUGCUGCUCUGCCUGUGCGGCCUGGUGGGCAACGGGCUGGUGCUCUGGUUCUUCGGCUUCUCCAUCAAGAGCAGCCCCUUCUCCAUCUACUUCCUGCACCUGGCCGGCGCCGACGUGGGCUACCUCCUCAGCAAGGCCGUGCUCUCCACCCUGAACAUGGGGGGCUUCCUGGGCGCCUUUGCCGACUACGUCCGCGCCGUGUGCAGGGUCCUGGGGCUCCUCACGUUCCUGGCCGGGGUGAGCCUCCUGCCCGCCAUCAGCACGGAGCGCUGCUUGUCUGUCAUCUUCCCCACCUGGUACUGGCACCGGCGGCCCAAGCGCCUGUCGGCCGUGGUGGCGGCCCUGCUCUGGAUCCUGUCACUCCUGGUCACCAGCAUCCACAACUACUUCUGCGUGUUCCGGGGCCGAGAAGCCUCAGGGGCGGCCUGCACGCACAUGGACAUCUUCCUAGGUAUCCUGGUCUUCCUGGUCUGCUGCCCGCUCAUGGCACUUCCCUGCCUGGCACUGGUCCUGCACAUGGAGUGCCGGGCACGGCGGCGCCAGCGCUCUGCCAAGCUCAACCACGUCGUGCUGGCCGUGGUGGCUGUCUUCCUGGUGUCCUCCAUCUACUUGGGCAUCGACUGGUUCCUCUUCUGGGUCUUCCUGAUCCCGGCGCCCUUCCCCGAGUAUGUCACCGACCUGUGUAUCUGCCUCAACAGCAGCGCCAAGCCGGUCGUCUACUUCCUGGCUGGGAGGGACAAGUCGCAGAGGCUGUGGGAGCCGCUUAGGGUGGUCUUCCAGCGGGCCCUGCGAGACGGGGCAGAGCUGAGCGAGGCAGGAGGUGGCACGCCAAACACCGUCACCCUGGAGAUGCAGGCCCCCGCUGGGUACCCCUCCUGAGAGGCAGCACCUGGACGGAGGCAGGGGCAGGGCGAGUCUGGGGGCCCCUGAGACCCCUCACCACUGGACAGGAACAGGGACACUGCCUCGAAGCCCACCUGGGAGGAGAAAGUUCUGUUUUCGCCCCCUGUGCCUCCCUCCCCCUGGGCUGGAGGCUCCAGGGGUGGCUGAGAACUGUGCGGUUACAGUGAACAGACUCCAUGGCCCUGGCAGGCUGCCCCCAGCCAUUCUCCUCCACCAGUGACCCAUUGCACAGAAGCUACCCCAAGCAGCAGGCCUCCUCUGGGCCCCAGGAUGGGCAAUGGAAGGAGGUGGGGCCACCCCGCCCGUCCACCUGCUGCCCCUUUCGACAGCCCUCCUUGGACAUGGCACAGCCAGCUCUGCCUUCAUCGGACAAGAGCCUUGUCCCCACUGUUAGGACCCCUGCCCUAAUUCCAUCGUCUCGAGGCAACACCUGAGCAAACCUGAGCGGCCCAGUCUAUCUGGAAAGGGUUCCACUGAGCCUGUCUCCUAGCUAAGUCUGUCGGAAAACCCCUGGGUAAUCCCUUAGUAGGGGGGAAUGCCAGCCCCCCUGAGAAGGUGGCCUUGCCCUUCUGACUCUGACUUUGAGCUGAACCCCCCUGGGUCAGCCUCCAAGGAUGCGAUGUGUCCGACCUGGCAUCCACCUGGUUCACAGUGCCCCUCGGACCUUCCAGGCAGCUCCUCAGCUGAGCCUCUGGGCUCCAGGUCCCACCCGAAAGCCACCCCUCGGGAUGGGCACUGUGGAGCCCUCCACCAAGCACGACGGCCCAGUGCAGCCAAAGGAAGUUUUAUAAAAGACAAUCAAAUGUAUAUUAAUAAACAUUUUAUAUCUGGCAGCAGGCAGGGCCCU